CUCCGCCACAAACCCCCUCUCUCUCUCUCUCUCUCUCUCUCUCUCUCGUGUUCUCUGAGAGAGGUAGGAACAACGGGAAUAUUACAUACAUACAUAGAUACACAUAUACACAUAGACAUUAUUAAUCCAUGGAUUCAGAUCAGGGCAAGCUAUUCAUCGGAGGUAUUUCAUGGGAGACUUCAGAAGAGAAGCUCAAGGACUAUUUUGGUAAUUAUGGAGAGAUUCUCCAGACCGUCGUUAUGAGAGACAAAAUCUCCGGCAGGCCCCGUGGUUUUGGUUUCGUCGUCUUUGCAGAUCCUUCCGUACUCGACACGGUUCUUCAAGAAAAACACACCAUUGAUGGCCGAACGGUUGAGGCUAAGAGAGCCUUAUCAAGAGAGGAACAACAGGUAUCAAAGGCUGGAAAUGCCAGUGCUGGUAGAAGUUUUGGUGGAGGUGGUGGGAAUAUGAGGACAAAGAAGAUUUUUGUUGGGGGCUUGCCACCCACUUUGAGUGAAAAUGGAUUUCGUCAGUAUUUUGAAGCAUAUGGUCAGGUAACUGAUAUAGUAGUAAUGUAUGACCAGCAGACUAACAGGCCUCGUGGAUUUGGAUUUAUUUCUUUCGAUUCUGAAGACGCUGUCGAUAGGGUUUUGCACAAGACUUUCCAUGAUUUGAAUGGUAAGCAAGUAGAAGUAAAGCGAGCUCUUCCCAAGGAUGCCAACCCUGGUGGUGGUGGGGGUGGUCGUUCCAUGGGUGGUGGUGCCAGUGGCGGUGGGGGAAAUUAUCAAGGUUAUGGUGCAUCUGGGGGCAACUCAGGUUCUUAUGAGAGUAGAAUGGAUUCUAACAGGUACAUGCAAUCUCAAAAUGCUGGUGGAGGAUUUCCUCCUUAUGGUUCUUCUGGGUAUGGCACACCUGGAUAUGGCUAUGGUCCUGGAAGCAAUGGAAUGGGUUACAAUGGCUAUGGUAGCUAUGGUGGUGGAAAUCCAGGAUAUGGUGGUCCAGCUGGUGCACCAUAUGGAAAUCCAAAUGUACCAAGUGCAGGUUACGCAAGUGGUCCAUCUGGUGCAGCACGAAGUUCAUGGAAUGCUCAGCCUUCUUCUGGAUAUGGUGGUGCUGGAGCUUAUGGGAAUGCUCCAUGGGGUGCUUCUGUUGCUGCUGGUGGUGGUGGUGGUUCACAAGCAACAGCACCUACAGGUCAAUCUCCAAGUGGAGCUGCUGGGUAUGGGAAUCAAGGUUACGGUUAUGGUGGUGGUUAUGGGGGUAAUGACGGGUCUUAUGGUAAUCCUGCUGGAUAUGGUGCUGUUGGGGGCCGUAUUGGUAGUGCUCCAAAUAGUAAUUCCACUGCCGGUGUUGGUCCAGGGGGAGAUAUGCAAUCCGGUGGUGGAAGCUAUAUGGGAAGUGGUUAUGGUGAUGCCAAUGGAAAUUCUGGUUAUGGGAAUUCAGGGUGGAGAGCUGAUCCAUCACAAGCUUCUGGGAACUAUGGUGUUCAGGGAAAUGGUGGGCAAGGUGGCUAUGGUGGUUAUGGAGGUGCUCCAACUCGGCAGGCUUAGCAACAGUGAUUUUGAUCUUGGAGGUUCUAUGGACAUGCAAAGCAAUUAUUCUGUUGCGGGUGCAAAAUGAUGGCCCUUCAGGAAUCAUGCCCACAAUAGGACUGGUUGGCUUGCUUGAUUCUCAGUAGUUUGCAGUAUCUAUUUUGCUGGUUUUUUAAAUAAGCAGUAUUUUUGAGGAGUAGAGUUGCUUAAUCAUUUGCUUCUUAAGUUUGGUUUCUGUUUGGCUUGCUUAUAGUGUGUACUAGAUUUUGUUAUGGAGUUCCCCCUAUAAUGGUGUUCUAAGAUCAUUUCCAUAUAUUGACAUAUCAACUGCUGUGCUGAUAUCUGUUGUGAUGUGGCAAUUUGUGAGCCUUUUGCAGGAGGAGAGAUGCUCGACUUUAAGGUGAAGUGAUCACCCCAUGACUAAGCCGAGCUUUAUCCAAGGAUUUGAUAGUUGAAAGUGGAGCUUGAAAGUAAUUAUGCUGGAGGUCAUUACAUGGAUGCAGGCAACUUGCAUUCUUCAUUCGGUUUGUGGACGGAUGGAGUUUCCAUUUCUUGAUAGCUCGUGGUAUGUGAAUCUAAGAAUGGUUAAAGAGUUUCUAUUUAAAAAAAAUUUCAUUCAACUAGUAAAAGAGUUAUUGGUACCUUCAAGUAGAAUAUCUGUAGUUAUAGAUCGUAGAUGGAAUUUGAUUUAUAUUGCCCAUGGUUUGCUAGGGAGUAUGAUAAAACAUUAAAUAGUUGGGGGGUUUUUCAAGAUUUAACAUUGCAUCUGCUCAACAGCAUUUCA